UCACAACACGAAGAAGAACCGGGGAGCAAGAAGCAAUAACAAACAUCGGCAGCAAGCUAACGCAACUUUAGGAGACAGAGCAUACAGGAAAAGUGUCUCCUUAACAGUAGACAAACCUAGUAUCGCUCUUUAUACGACUAACCGUGUAUGAGACGAUGUACACAAACUACAAAGAAAACAUCUAGUAAUCUGUCACGGAGAAGAGUUGACGUAACUGUUUUGUGCCACUGCAAAGGAUGAUUUGCCUGGGUGUGUGGUGCGUGGGAGCUCGAUGGAGUGUCCUUAUAAUGGUUUUCUGCAGCAUACUGGUUCCAUCACCCACACAUGCCUAUAUCUAUGCUCAUUAUAGCAAUAUGACCUCCAUGUUGUUUGAGGACCUGCCUGCCUUGUUUGGCAACCCACUUCCUAAGGAUGGACUAAUGGGUGUCUUGGUGGUGUCCCGUCCACUUAAUGGCUGUACAACAAUAGACUCUCCUCCUCCAUUGCCAACAUCUUAUGAUGCAAACACGACCAAAUUCAUCGCUCUCAUCAGGCGCUAUGAUUGCAAUUUUGACAUAAAGAUCUUGCAUGCUCAGCAAGCUGGAUACAGUGCUGCAAUCGUUCACAACAUGUAUUCAGACACUCUGCUCAAUAUGAACUACAGCAACGACACUAUCGCAGAUGAGAUUGAGAUCCCCUCUGUGUUUACCAGCUACUAUGCUUCCCGGAUUCUCAAGAAUUUCAUAAUUACAGAACAAGGGGCUUAUGUGAUCCUCAAGCCAGAGUUCGCUUUUCCACUCUCGUACUACCUUAUUCCCUUCACCGGAGUAGUUGGCAUGAUCAUUCUUGUGAUGUGUGUCGUCUUCAUUGUACGAUGUGUACAGUACAGAAAACGGAUAAGGAAAAAUCGAUUGUCCAAAGAACAACUGAAGCGAAUUCCAACCCACAAGUUCCGUAAAGGUGAUCACUAUGAUGUGUGUGCAAUCUGUCUGGAUGAGUAUGAAGAAGGAGACAAGCUGCGAGUUUUACCUUGUUCACAUGCCUACCACUGUAAGUGUGUAGACCCGUGGCUCACACAGACCAAGAAGACAUGUCCCGUUUGCAAACAACGUGUCAAUCGGAACAACCAAGAGCACUCUGAGUCCGAGUCUGAAGAGGAAACUCGGGGACGUGGGGAGGAAGAAGGGACAGAGGGUGAGGCAGACUCGGAGCGCACGCCUCUGCUUCGGCCCUCCAACCCAGGGUCUCCCUCUGGGAGCCCAAGGGCCUAUUCAGCCACCACCACCACUACUACUGCCCAGUGCCUCGCCUCCCCUGCACACUGCGACUCACCCAUCCUGGUUUACGAAGGCUACAACUCCCCCCAGGAGGACACGGACUCAGAAAGCGAUGAUGCAGCAGAGGACAGGUACCACUCUGGCGAUGACACUACUCAGCUUAUUGGUAGGGAUACGGUGGAGAUCUGAUGGCAAGAAUUCUGCAGCAAUAGAGAGAGAACGCAGUUUUAAAUUAGUUUACAGAGUUGUGGUUAGCUAGACAUUUAUAGUAACAGAAUCUUUACCCAGUAACCAGAGGAGGUCUACGUGUUGGUGUCAAAGCACAUGCUGCACUUGGAUCAGUUUUACCAAAAUCCAGCCGUGAGCAUUAACACACUUCUACACACACAUUCGCUCCAGUACUCCCAUAUUUGUCUGUAGACCUCCUUUGUUUUUGAAUGCAUGUUGUAAUUCAUAACCUGACCACACCACAUGACCUAACCACUAGUGCUGCACAAAAUGAAUGGGCCACUUUAAUGUUUCUGUAAUCUGAUGUGGUGUACAAGAAAGAAUGACUUCUGCGCAUACACUUGUAGUGGAUCUCCUAAGUUCCUGUGCAGUUUAAGUAAAAUUAGUGCAGUUUUUGAAGACUGUUUGUCUUGAUCAUACUACUUCCCCCAGCUUUGAAUUGUUUCCUAACAAGGAUAUGCAGGUGGAGGGGAAAUCUUUGUCUUUAUUUUACUUUUUAAUCCCCCUCUCCAAGCUAUAUUUCAGUUCUUUGAAAUGUCAGAUUUUUCUGAGAUUAAGCAGUAAAUUGCGCUAUAAUAGAAUAUUGCAAAAUGUUAUACAUUUCUACUGCUUUUACAUUGUUAUUGAUAAGACUGUGUGGUCAGUUUAAGACAGUUAUUUUUACUUUAUGCAGUUUGUCAAGUUGAACAAACUCAGGAUAAUAGCAACUAAUGAAAGGUCAGUUUGGUAUUGUCAAUAAAUGGAGAUUUGGUUUUAUCAGUUGUUUAAGUUUUUUCUUUUUUUCUUUAAAUCAACAAAAUAUAGAUUGAAUGAAUAUUUAAUGUUUUUCCUUUUUUUGUCUUUUCUUUUUUUUCCUACACAACAGAAUGAUAACAUGUUGAAUUGUAGGAUCUUGGAGGUGUUUUUAGGAAAAGGAGCGUUGCCUUACAUUGGCCUUGAUGUACAUGUGUAUGUAAAAUUAAAUUUUAGGACACUGAAGGGAUAGGAUUCACACUCCUUUAGGUUUCCUCUUGUCUAGCUGUAUGUAAUACUGCUGGUCAGAAAGCUUUGAUCUUGUUCACUUGUCUAAAAAUGCGCUCCACAUUUGUUUUUAUAGCAACAGACAAGAAAAAGAAAUCCUGUUUAGUGCUAAUAAUGAUGCAGACAUGCUUGAUUUGCACCUGAACUCUUGGAGAAGCUCAGCAGCUGUCAAACAUGAAAUGUUUUGUUUCUCUACUUUAGAAAAUGAGCUGGGCGGGGUCCACGCUGUUGAUUUCUAUAUAGAGCAGUACAAAUGGACACCUUAAACUUUUGUUUCAGCCAAACUGCUCCAAAUAAAUUUACCUUGAUCUGAGAUCAUAAAUCUACAACUGGAAUUUUUGUUUUUAAUGUACAAUAAUAACCUUACAGGGUGUGGAACUUUGAAGUUCGGUCAUCUGUAAUAGAAAUGAGUGCUCCUCCACAUGUUUUAAGAAAGUAUUGUAUCAAUUAAAACAACAUGUCCUACUUAAUAACAAACCUAACUUUUAUCUAUACUACAUCAACACCACAACUGCAUGAUAACAGAGGAAAUGCUAUACACAAUGCAUACUGUGAGGAAUUGUUUUCAGUAAGAUGCAUUUUGAUGUGUAUGAGUGUUAAAGAUGGGAAUCCGUAGGAGUGAACUCAAAACAUUCCAUCUUGAUAUUUUACUGAUUACUGUUUAAAAUGAUUAAAAGGCUCCACUCCAAUGUUUGUUUGGGACUUGAUGGUAAUAUAGUCUGCAUUGUAAAGUAUAACAGCUGUUUUCCUAAUUGCAGUAUGCUUCAAAUGUCUUUUUGUAUUUAGAGACUGUUAUGAAACAAAAGGUACAAUAUAAUCCCCAAAUUAUUCAUUUUUCCUUCUUUCCUUUUAGAAUGUUCCUAGUUUAUCACAUUUGAGUUAUACAUAUACAGUGUCAAGUAUAAUUUCCAUGUAUAAAGCAGGUUUGAGAAUCUUUAGGAUGUGUGAACACAGUCUGUGGAAAGCUGCUUUUACUUUGUGAUUUGUGGAAGAUUAAAUGAUAUUGAAAUGGGA